AUUUUUGAGAAAAUUUUCCACAAUUUUCAUAAAAUUUCAAAUUAUGUCAACAAUUUAUCGUGAUAAUCAUCAUCAUCAUAAUCAUCGACAUCAUGAUGAAGAUGAUUAUCGUUCCGAUGAUUAUAAACAUCGACGAAAUUAUGUUGAUAAAGACAACAGUGAUUAUUGGAUAAAACGACGAAAACAACGUGAAUCGAUUGGUCGAUCGGGUGUUGAUCAUAUUUGGAAUCGAUCACCAACACCAACUGAUGAUGAUGAUGAUGAUGUUAAAUCAAAUAAUUCCGAUGAAAAUUUGGAAAAUAAUUUAAAACGAAAGAAAAAACAUAAACAUAAACAUAGUGAUAAUAAUCAUCAUCAACAUAAAUCAUCGAAAAAAGAAAAGAAGAAAAAACAUAAAAAAGAACGUAAACAUAAAAAACGACGACAUUCGUCAUCAUCAUCAGAAUCCGAAGUUAAUGAUGAUAAUAAUGGUGAUAAUCAAAAGAUAAAAUUCCGUACAAUUGAAGAAGAAGAAUUUGUUCGUGAAUUUAAUGAAAAACGUAAACAAAAUGAAAAAAAUAAUGGUGAAAAUGAUGCGGAUGAUAUUGUUGGACCGGCACCAAUUGAAUCAUUAGAAUUGAAUAAUCGUGAUUUUGGUAAAGCAUUGUUACCGGGUGAAGGUGCAGCAAUGGCUGCAUUUGUUACCGAAGGUAAACGUAUACCACGUCGUGGUGAAAUUGGUCUAACUAGUGAUCAAAUAGAAUCAUUCGAAGAAGUUGGUUUUGUUAUGAGCGGUAGUCGUCAUCGCCGGAUGGAAGCUGUUCGUAUUCGUAAAGAAAAUCAAAUUUAUAGUGCUGAUGAAAAACGUGCACUGGCUAUGUUUAAUAAAGAAGAACGUACAAAACGUGAAACAAAAAUUUUAACACAAUUCAAAGAAAUGAUUAAACAAAAACAAACAAAAUAAUUUUUUUUAAUAACUUUUUGUAAUA